ACAAGCCUCACGAACAGACCCACCGUUGGAACCCUAGUGGACCUUUAACCUAGUUUAGAGUAGAGUGCGAUAAUUGAAAGUAGAAGUCCGAAAUGAUCGAAUCUUGCACGAAGAGGCGAAUGUUGUUGGGCAUUACAUUUUUAGGAGGAUUAACAGUUUUAGCGCUAAUUAUUGAGAGCCAUUGGACGAACAGCUCGAGCAAGGUGUACGUCGAUAAUUACGAGAACAAUUCCUCCUGCGUCUCCGGCGAGGAGUACGAGGUGAUAUCCGAAUGCCAUCCGUGCACGGCGUUUGAAAUUGCCAGCGAGAGCAUCGGCGUCUGCGUCCACGCGAGGUAUAAGGAAGUGGUGAAAUGCAAGAGCGGUGAAACGAUAACGAGAAGCUGUGACAGAGUGGCUUGGCUGGAGGAAAGGGCAUUCUGGAAGUUCGAGGGUUUCAUGUUCGCCACGGCGAUCAUCUCCUGCAUCGUCGUAUAUUGGCGGGAGAACAUAUUGAGACAGAGGAUAAUCCGAAAAGUAGCGAGACAACUGCGAAUUAGCGUGUGAGUGCUGUGUGCGAGUUGAGAAA